CUGUUGAUUAACGUUGAUCUGUAUAUAAUUUUCUCUGAUCGAUUUCCUUCUGUUCCAGCGCACAGGUUUUAUAUCUUACAGUUUUUACAGAUUUCAAGCGUCAACACAACCCUCUUUUGCUGAAGUAGCAAAUCAUGAAAGAAAUAAGGUAUUUUCUGAAAGUGCCAAGAUAUCCAGAAAUUGUAUAUUUGUUGAAUUUUCAAAUAUGGAAGAUGCGGAAAUCAAGAAGGAGCCAGAAUCUGAAGAUGAUGUCAUGGAAAAAGUCCAGAAAGAGGCAGAUACAUGUAGUGUAGUCAUAGAAACUUCUGAUGCACCAACAACCAGUAACAAGGAAAUAGAACAGACAGACCCUGCUUCAGAAGGACAGGGGGAGGAUGAGAAAAUGGAAGAAGUACCUGCUUCAAAGCAGACAGAUAAACAUCCUGUAAUGUACCUGAAUGAGUUGGUCCAAGGUUUGAAAUAUGACCUUUUGUCAGAGGUCACACAAGAAAAAGGGAAAGUGUUCACCAUGGGUGUUGAUGUUAAAGGAGUGAUAUUUGAAGGCACAGGAAUUAACAAGAAGGCUGCCAAAAUGGCAGCAGCUCAGACAGCUCUACGUCAACUUUUCAACACAGAAUACUGUCCAAAUGUUCAUAAAGAGACUGAAGUAGAAAAAGAAGAAGAAGUCAAGGAAGAAGAGGAAAAAGAAGGAGAAAAAGGAGAAGAGGACACUGAAAAACAGAACACAAUGUUAGGAAAACGUACACAUGCUGAUGGGGCAGUUGUAUCCCCUGUCAGCAAGAAAAAACGAAAAGCUAAUGGCCCUGCACCUCCAAAAAAUGCUCUGAUGCAACUGAAUGAACUAAAACCUGGACUUGAAUUCAAAUUUGUGUCACAAACUGGCCUUGUUCAUGCACCUGUAUUUACUAUGUCUGUAGAAGUUAAUGGAAUGGCUUUUGAAGGAUCAAGUACAACUAAGAAAGCAGCAAAACUGAUAGCUGCAGAAAAAGCUUUGAAAUCAUUUGUGCAAUUUCCAAAUGCAUCUGAUGCUCAUAAAGUGUUAGGACCACAAAUUCAGGGGACUGAUUUCACGUCUGAUGUAUCUAUUGACCCACAAGAUACAGUAUUCUUCAAUAACUUUGAACAAGCAAAUACUAGUAAUCAAAAUGGCACACCUGUAACAACAGUUGCAGUGACUUCUAAUGGAGCUGUCAAUGCCAUCACUAAAAAAUCAACAGUUCCAAUUAACCCUGAUGGUAAAAAUCCUGUUAUGAUAUUGAAUGAAUUACGACCAGGACUUAAGUAUGAAUUUGUCAAUGAACAUGGUGAAAGUCAUUCUAAAAUGUUUACAAUGAAAGUGGAAGUUGAAAAGGAAGUUUUUGAAGGAACUGCACGAAACAAGAGAAUUGCCAAAGCACGAGCAGCUGCUGCAGCUCUUUUUAAAAUUUAUAAAAUAGACACUUGUCAAGCACCAGACAUGCAGCCAGUUCAAAGAGAUGGUUCAUCAGAAGUAUCACACGAACUAGCCAAUAUUGUAUCAAAACUUGUACUACUAAAAUUUAGUGAUCUGACAAAUAGUUUUACAACUCAGUAUGCUAAACGUAAAGUACUAGCUGGUGUUGUCAUGACAAAGGAUGAUGAUCCUAAUUCAUCACAAGUUAUAUGUGUAACCACAGGGACAAAAUGUAUAAAUGGUGAAUUCAUAAGUGAAAAGGGUCAAUCAGUCAAUGAUUGCCAUGCUGAAAUCCUGGCAAGGCGUUCUCUGUUAAACUUUUUAUACUUUGAACUAGCAAAGUAUUUACCACCAAAUCAAAAAAAUAAUUUGGAUGCAUCUGUGUUUGACAAACGAGAGGAUGGAGGAUUCAGACUUAAAGAAGGAGUAAAAUUUCAUUUAUACAUCAGCACAGCACCUUGCGGGGAUUCUAGAAUUUUUUCACCUCAUGAGGCUAAAACAGGAGAGGAAGAUCCUCAUCCAAACAGAAAAGCAAGAGGACAGUUGAGGACAAAAAUAGAAUCAGGGGAAGGAACCAUUCCAGUGAAGCCAUCAGGUGUCACCCAGACUUGGGAUGGAAUUUUACAGGGAGAAAGACUGUUAACAAUGUCAUGCAGUGAUAAAGUAGCAAGGUGGAAUGUUUUAGGAGUACAAGGUGCUUUGUUGAGUCAUUUCACUGAGCCAGUAUAUUAUGACAGCAUCAUAUUAGGCCACUUAUAUCAUGCAGAACAUUUGUCACGUGCUGUAUUCGGUCGACUUAGUGGUAUCAAAGAUAUCCCAAAACCAUACAAACUCAACCAACCAUUUCUAAGUGGAAUCAGGAAUCCUGAAAGUAGAAUGCCAGGUAAAGCACCCAGUUUUGCAGUCAAUUGGUGUUUGUCAAGUCCCACCUUAGAGGUCAUCAAUACUACAACUGGGAAAACGGAGCAAGGAGGAAUCUCAAGACUCUGUAAACAAAGUUUGUUUAAUCAGUUCUCUAAAUUGUGUGGUAAAAUUCCUUCCAUCAUAAGUCAACCAGAGUCUAGUGAACCACAACUGUACUCAGAGGCUAAAGGAAGAGUUAUGGACUAUCAGCUUGCCAAGGAGGAACUUUAUAAUACAUUCCAAAGAGCUGGACUUGGUGUAUGGGUGAAAAAGCCACUAGAACAGGACAUGUUUCCAUUAGUACAACUGUAAUCAUAAAUAUUUACAGUCAUUUUAUCACUCCAUUAUAUUAUCUUUUGUUGUAAUUGUUUUUUAAUAAUUUUUUUUUUUAUAAAAGCUCACUCUACAAUUACUUAGUUAGAUUGUUAAAAAAACAAAUAGGCUUGCCUUGCCCAAAUGGCCUGAGUGAGACUUUCUUAUCAUUUUUUUAUACGCACCUUUAAUGAUAUACCAUUGUCUGUUCAUUAGUCCAUGCAUGUCCCUGAUUUGUGUCAGAUUCAAUUGAACUUUUGAGUUUUGAUUCUCUCUUUGCCUUGGUAUCUUCAGCUACUUUUUAAACAAUCAUUUAAGAAUACUUUAUGGAACAUUUAUCAAAUGAUAGGUUAUAAUGAAAACUAGGUAACUAACUAUUUUGAUUAUUUUCAGAUACAUGCAAGUUAUUUCAGAGUUAUGGGGCUUUAAACGUCAAAAUCUAGGCCUUUAAACUUAUGUCUCAUGAUAUAAAGAUAGCUUUCAGGAAUAUGAAUCUACUAAAAAUUUAUUUUAGAUGAUUUUCAGAUCACUUGUGGAACUUUAUGUAUGAAAAAUAGGCAAUUUUUUUCAGAGGAUAUUUUGAGUUAACUUUCAACAAACAAAAUCACAUAUGAUUAUUUGAGAAUGAAGCGAUUAUAAAAAGUAAGCUCGCUUUUGAAAUGAAAGAUUUUAAGAUUAAUUAUUCCUGAAUUAUGGGACUUACAUCAUAAAAAAAGACAUUUUUUUUCAAAUGCAAGUACAAGUAUGCUUUCUUUAUGAGCUUUUUCACACAGUUUUAUUCAUUCAGUAACAUAUGAUAAAUCUAAAAACAAAUAACUUCUGGUGUAGACUUUAAUAAUUUACUAAAAAUGACUGAACCAACCUCCUAGUAGAUAUAUUGAGCUGAUUUUUUGUUUGUUAUUGGAAUUGUUCUCAACCUUUGAAUAAAUACUUGAAACCCUUGUA